CAGCAUGCAGUUUUGGCUCGUGCCAAAAAAAACGGUAUAAAGAGCCCAUCAAUCGAUCAGUGUGUGCAUACACACCCUCUUGAGGUCUGGUAUUCAUUUUCUCACCGUGAUCGUAUCGUCGCUUUGUGCAAUGCCGUCCUCGACACCACCUUCCGAUGUUGACUUCCCGUCUGAAUCCGAAGACAAUCAUGACCAAGAUGGUGUUGGGCUCUCCGACCCAACCCUGUCAUCACAUCGGAGACGAAUGCUUGACCUUAUCAACCGUCUACACAUGACAGGCGUCCAGACAGACAUGGACCUGCCAAUGAUCGCUGUCAUAGGCUCGCAGAGUGCGGGCAAGUCGUCACUUAUUGAAUCUAUUUCAGGGAUUACGCUCCCUCGCUCAGCUGGGACAUGCACGAGAUGUCCGACUGAAUGUAAACUUUCACGCUCAGAAGGCCCCUGGAAGUGCAUCGUAAAACUCCAUAUCACCACCGGCCCAUCGGGACAGCCCUGUGAUGUGACCAACGUGUCUUUUGGAUCCCCCAUCACCGAUAAAGCGGAUGUGGAGGAUCGUAUCAGACGCGCGCAGAGGGCCAUUCUCAGCCCCAGUAUCGAUGCCCAGAAGUUCCUGUACGAUUCCGACCUGGACGACCGUACAGCCGAAGAAGCUGAGUUGUCCUUCUCAAAGAACUCUGUCUCUCUGGAGAUAAGCGGGAAGGAUGUGGCUGAUCUUUCAUUCGUGGACCUUCCUGGAUUGAUAGCUAGUGUGGGGAGCACCGGAAGGGACGGAGAUAUUGACCUUGUCAAGGGUUUGGUGGCUUCUUACAUCAAGAGGGACAGUUGUGUCAUUCUUCUGACAGUGACCUGUGAAACCGACUUCGAGAAUCAAGGCGCACACCACUUGGCGAAACAAUAUGACCCCGAGGGCAAGCGGACUGUUGGCGUGCUCACAAAACCGGACCGCAUUCCUGCAGGUGAGGAGAACCACUGGCUGAGGUUCAUCCGAAACGAGCAGGAGCCGCUCGUGAACCACUGGUACUGCGUCAAGCAGCCUGGGUCUCAGAUGCUUAAAACCGGGAUAUCCUGGGCCGAAGCAAGGAAGCAAGAAAACGACUUCUUUGCUUUGACACAGCCCUGGUCGACGGUAGAGCCGCAGUACCAGAAGUUCCUGCGAACGAGCAACCUGACGGAGCGGCUGAGCACAAUUCUGUCCGAGCUUAUCGCGAAGAGGCUUCCGGAGAUCCACAAGGAAUUAUACAACAUUCUGCAUAAGACCCAGGAAGAAAUGAGAAAGCUUCCUAAGGCGCCAUCGAGCGAUGCCGUUGGUGAGGUUUGGCACGUGGUUAGCGAAUUUAUGCGCCAGUUGUCUCGAAGACUUGAAGGGACGCCCGAUGAAGGCGGCAUAUUGCAGAGCAUUCGACCGUAUCAACAAGAAUUUAAACGUGCUAUAAGAGCGACAGCCCCACCAUUUGUUCCAUUCGAAAGGGGUCACGAUCGUGGAGAACUGCCCCCAAUUGAUUUCCUGGCCAAUGAGGAGGACGAACCACAGGAACCCAAGACAGGGAGCGCUUUUGGAACACGCAAGUCGUCUACGUCGCCCAACUCUGGGAAUCCACAGUCGUCGGAGAUUUACCUUACCGAUGUUCUCAGUCACGCCCAGAGAUCUCGUACCCGCGAACUACCCGACAACUACCCGUUCGUCGUGCAAAAGUCAUAUAUCGACGACUUUACUGAGAAGUGGGCGUCGCCGUCGAAGAUCCUUUUCGACCAAGUGUAUGAUAUUCUGAAGAAUAACCUGAGCGGCCUGGUCCACGAGCAUUUUGGGAAGAUGGGAAAGGGCGGCGCGCUCCACAGCGUGCUAAUGAUAGUGCAUGAGCACCUUGAUAAAGCCACGGAGAAGGCAAGGGAAAAGGUCGAUUGGCUCUUGGAGCUCGAAAAGGCGCCGACGACACUCAACGUGCACUACUAUUCUGACUACAAGGGCAAAUUCCUUGCGUACUACAAGGGUUGUCGAGAUCCAGGAGAGCUGACAAAAAAACUGCAGCACUAUAAGGCACCUGUCACUACGUCCCCGAAUGGUAGGGAGGCAUUCCAGCAAGCCAUCUACAAGGCUUUGGCUGGAUUGAACGAGGCUGGUAUUUCCGCGCAGGCCGGCGAUCUUCCAAAACUUCUGCCUGUGGAUCCCAUGGAGCCUGCCCUUGUGAUCAUGUCAGGAGUUAUGGCAUACUUCCAGGUUGCGCACAAGCGGUUUUCUGACAUGGUUCCAUUGGCCAUCGACCAUGAGGUGAUUCUUGGUCUGGAGAAGGGCAUGGAGCAGGCGCUGCGUGAUGGUCUGAACUUGACGGGGCCGCACGCGGAAGCGCGGUGUCGGUUGAUGGUGCAGGAGCAUAGCACAGUGGCCUCGAAGCGUACAGAACUGCAGAAGAAACUGGACAGGCUUCAUGCAGCCAGUUUAGAAUUACGCAAGCUCUUCGUGUAGACAGACACAACCUCGAUAAUGUAUAAUAUCU